GCAGCUUUUGAUUUCAAAAUCACUCAUUGUUGAAUUCAUGUUUAAAAUGGUUAAAAAAAAAAAAAAAAAAAAAAACCUAAAUAAUAAUUCCUUGCAUUCCAAUAGGGUCUUCGCACCAUUCGGUGCUCGGACCCUAAUAAAAUAAAAUUACAAACGAGAAAAGUGAAAAUAACAGAUCCACCCUUCAAUUUAUGACAGCUCGAUAGCCAAUGAGAACGUCGAACGCAAUACAAGAAGGCUCCGAAGCCAAUUAGAAUCGAGAGGGGGCGGGCACUGUGAUGUUGUGGUUGACGGUUCACUUCCUCCUUUCCAUCGUGAAAUCAAUAAACUGCAGCUGUGACGCUGGAGUAGGACAAGAAGAGAAACUGAAGAUUUGGCAGCAAAGGAGUGGGAUUUUCCUGCAGUGGUUUUCCUGUAUCUAUCCUGAUGGACAAAGCCUCCAAGAAAUAUAGAUAAAGGGGUGGAGAGAAGUGGAGCGAAGAGGAAGCCUCAGUGAAGCACUCUGGGCUGAAUAUCGUCUACAGCAGGAGGACCAAACAUGGUGCACGUCUACAACUGCCAUCCUUUUGCCUCCCAGCAGAUCGUACAGGUGGAGCAGGAACCCGGGCUGGUCUGCUGUGGAUGUGGAGUCCUGUUUGUAGUGGCAACUGGAGGAUGCAAGGUGGAGGCCUACAGCCUGGAGAAGGAGGGCUGUCCACUCAUCUGUCGCUUUGCCACCAUGGGCACUGUGAGGAGCAUCCAGCAUAGUAAAAUAGGAGACUACCUGGUGACCAUUGAAGAAAAGAACAGCGCCACCUACCUGAGAGCCUACACCAACUGGCGCUACCAGGCCGAGGAGAAGGCUCGUGUCGGGGUGCGUUUGUUGGGCCACUUGCUGCGUGGAGCGUCUGUGUGGGGCGGAGUGCAGAUGGAGAUCAUUGAGAUCCCUCUGUCGGAGCGUCCCGUUGCUGUGUCUUGUUGCUCAGUGACAGGAGACCUUCUGGUCGGCUGUCAGAACACUCUGGUUCUGUUUACCUUGAGGAGACAAAACCAGCAGAACCUGAAUCAGAGUCAGCAGAACCCUCAGAGCCCCUCAUCGAACACUCAGCAGAGCUGCAGUCAGAGUCAAGGUCAGACUGCAAGUUCUAACUCUAAUCUUUCUGUCCUGGAUUUUGAACGCUCCGUCAUCCUGCAUCUUCCAAGAAUCACGCCAAGACAGGUGGCGCUAUGUGGAGGAUAUGUGGCCGUGCAGGCAGAGCUGGAAGUUCUCGUACUGAAAUUGGAAGCAAUGUUUGAAAUGAAAGCUCCAGAAGAAUCAUCAGACACAAAUAAAAGCAAUUAUCUCGAAGACGAGAUCGACUUUCUGCUCAUUCCGAGACACGUGGAGUUGCUCGGUGACCGAGCCAAAGACUGCGACAUCCCCGUCAGCAUUGAAAAGACCGGGCUGGAGGACAGGGGACAAUAUUCACUGUCCUACAUACUUUUCAGGCGUUUUUCUCCAGAGUUCUUCCAAGGCUGUAGUGUGGAGGAGACACACCUCCACUCCCUGCAGCUCUACCCACUGUUCACCAGCAACCAGUCAGCGACUCUGGAUGAACCAGCGUGUGUGUUCUGCUUCUUCUCUCUCCCCAACGCCGGCUACCUGUACAGUCUAAAGGGCGGAGUCGAGCUGCUCUCAGCCUAUCAAUAUCCAGAGAAGGUCCUGGAGGCGGUGCUAACAGACCAUCUGUUGCAUGUCAUAACAAAGAGUGCACUGCAGUGUUUCACAGUACGUUGUUCAGCAGUAGCAGCCAGGAUUGAAGACCCUUACAUUGACACUACCAUGAAGGCUUGUCCACCCAGCAACCUGGAGGUGUGUGCGCUCAGGAUGCAGUUAUUUAUUGGUCUGAGGUCGGUGUGCGUCUAUGGCCGCCAUGUUAUCCUGCUGUCCACCGCAGACACAGAGACACCGGAGGAGACCGAACGCAGCACACAGCGCAGAGGCCUCGAGUUGAAAGAACACACCACGCUGACUGGUAUUUUCCUGGCGGUGGGACUCGAUCCCACAACCACCCCAGCUCUGGAGAAUCUUCUGUCACGGCCCUUACUGAGCAGGAAGUGGACGAUCUCUGCUCCCAAAGAAACCAGCAAGGCAGGACACGGAUGGAACAUCUAUGUUGUCGACACCGUCUCCCCCCUCACUCUCUACCAGGAGAUGGUUGAAUACAGUCAGCGCUAUGCAGAGACCAGUCCACAGGCCCAAAGUCUUCGGCACCUCCUCAGCGAGGCUCACCUCCUCCUCCGGGCCUCCGUACUCCAAAAGUCAAGACAGCAACAGAACCAUGACCCUACAGCAUCUGUGCAGACAGACGGACAAGAACUGGAGGAGGCAGUCAGGCAGAACUGCGCCCAGCUAGGAGACUGCUUCAGCAGGGGCAGUCAGAAGGACUGCCACCUGACUUUGCCGUACUACAGGAUGUCUGGUCUGUCAGUCACCGAAGUCAUCUCCAGGAACCGGCCACUUCCAGGCAGCCCUCACUCCUACGGUCCAGGCUUCCUGUUCUACCUCAGGCAUUAUCUGCUGGAAGAAACGGAGCAAAACCUCAGUCAGGAAGCAGCUGAUGAGGUCAUUCACAUUUUCAGCCAAUCAGAGCCCUCACAGCUUAUCAGUGUGUGUGCCAGCGCAUCCAUGAUAAACAUCAGUCCUGACCGGACCUUGCGGAUUUUACAACAUCUGGAGGAUACAACGUGUGUGUCGGUUCCACUGACGAUCACCAUGGCAACCUUGAUGCUGCGUUUGGGUGACCUGCCGCAGUACACACAGCUGAUGGAGAGACACGCUGAGAUGCUGCUGGUGUACGGGUUCAUCGAGGAGCCGAGGUUGCUGCUGCUGCACGUUGAAGGAGGAGGAGGAGAAGAUCGGCACGCUCACAUCCGUCCCACAGCGUUGGCUCAGCAGCUGGCAAAGUCCCAACCUGGCCUACUGGUGGCUGCCAUGGUGGCUUUACAUGAGAACAACAAAGUUCUGCUGGAACAGGCUGAUCACGUAUUCAAGGAGUUGGGCUGUGAGAACUGCCUACAGGUGGAUUUCUGGGAGACGAUGCUCAUGGCAUCUUCACAGGACGCCAUCAUCCAGGAGCUUCUGUUCCGGGUGGCGUCUGUCUACAUCGACCGGCUGACAAACUCAGACACACACAGCAGCCUCCCCCAUGCAGCUCCAAAACGCAAGUCACUGAAGAGCGCUGACGAUCUGAUCAGCUCGUGCUCUCAUUAUGGCGCUCUGUACCCGUGGCUCACUGUUCUCAGUCCAGCUCACACCACCAGCUCACAGCACCAGGAGGCGCUGCACAAACUGCAGUCUCUGCUGUGUGGCCCGUCCCUGUCUGUUGGCUCCGUGGUGCCUCUGCUGGAGCGUCUGUCAGAGGAAACCUUAUGGGGCUUCAGUCUGCACCUCCUCUGUGCCACCAGAAGGGGGCAGUAUGGCAGCAGCAUAGAGAAGUUGCUGGACAGAUGUCCUCAGGCCAUCAUAGCCUUCGCAAAUCACCAGCUACAGGACAAAAACAUGGUGCUGUGGUGGCAGAAGCUGCUCCCAGAGCUUUGUAACCGGACAAGAGCAGCUGCAGAAAACAGCAUCCUAUUGGCUGCUCUCAAAGAGACGCUGGUUGUCGUUGCCAUGGAGAUGAGCCCCGCAGAGUUCUUGGAGCUGAUACCUGAUGACGGCACGGCAUCCUACUUCCUGCCUCACCUGCUGACAUGCAGCCAGAGACACCUGAUGACCUGAGAGACACAAAAGUUGCAGAGAGCGUCUGGAAAGGACUGACACGUUCUGACCCGCUGCACUGGAGCAGUUGGACGUUCAGUGUUUUGAUUAAAAUACCCUCAAGAGACGUGGAUGAUUCAGUCUGCGCUCUCUGGAGAGUUUGGUUAACCCCUGACAGUCAUAUAUUUUAGGUAUUAUGAAGUUAAAUUAAACAAGUUAUGGUAUUAAUUAGAUAUUUGGAACAAUAUUUAAUCUAUUUCCCGCUGUCAAGGCUACUGAGAAGCAUUUAUUCUGUUUUGAGAAUUUGUUGUUAUUUAUCCCUCUCGAAUAUAUAGAGUUUCACAGUGAGACCGCUGAAUGAGCUGUGAGCCCUUUUGAGCUUUAUGUUUUUUUCCUCCAUUGAGUUUUUAAACAUGCAAAGAUCUGAGAUGAAUUUCAGUGCUGUUAAAUCAGAAACCAGCUGAUAUAAUCAACAUUAAGUACCUCAUCAGAUGCAAGUUAGCAUUUUCCACUUCAUUUAUAUUGUCAAAGUAAAAUGAAACUUUUUUUAUCUGAUGUUUUUAGGGAGAAUGUUCUCAUUUGUCACGUGAGCAAAAAGUAUUUAGGAUUUUAUCCAAGUGUUUAGUAGAUGUAGAGAUAUUUCAUUCAAACUGCAAUCAACCCAAAACUAUUCUUGUGUUGUAGCUACUGAAUGCUUACAGAUUUUAAUUAUAGUGUUCCUCCUCACACAAAACUAUCUAAAAAGCUGUCAUUCAUCCCAAAUCGUCUGGUCCAUGUGAAACUCAAAGUAGUAAAGAGUACGGGUCAGUUUUGUUGUGAGUUUGAAGUUGCUGAUAGGACAGUCAGAAGACAGUCGCUGCUGUUGCUGCCUCAGUUGAUUGUCACUGAUUACAGAUUGGUCACACUGUGGGUUUGAUGAAUCACCACAGAAAUGAGACGUGACUACAAACAAACACUGGUCUGUUUUGACUUUGCCCCCCCAAAAAACAUGAUUAGAUAAUAUAUUACUGUGGGUCUGCUAUCUAGGCUGCUGCUUCAGUCUGCAGACUUGAGUAAUUAGUCAUUUAACUUGUCUUAACUUCCAUUCUGGACAGUUGAAAAAUGUUUUGUUUUUUUUUUGUUUGACUUGCAAGGUCAAUAAAGUAGAUCAUGUUAAUAAUGAUUAUAUUCAUAUAAUCCUCUCCCCUCACACCAACCUGUCGAGACAGAUGGCCUCUUUCCUUGAGUCUGGUUCUGCUGGAGGUUUCUUCCAGCUGAGGUUUUUCUUCCAGCUGUUACCAAGUGCUGCUCAAAUGAAUCUUUGUGUUUCUGUCUCUGAUACAGCAUUGUAAAGUUUUGAACUUAGUAUGUAAAGUGCCCUGAGAUGACUUAUGUUGUGAGUUGAUGCUGUAUAAAUACAAUACAAUUCAAUUCAAUUCAAUUCAAUUCAAUUCAAUUCAAUUCAAUUCAAUUCAAUUCAAUUCAAUUCAAUUCAAUUCAGUUCAAUUCAAUUCAAUUCAAUUCAAUUCAAUUCAGUACUUUUAAAGAACAGGUCACUGUGCCAUAUAAAGGACAGAAUUUCAAAAAUACUAAUAAUUAAAACUGAAUAAGAUUUGAAAGCACAAAUGCAUUAAAACAACAAAAUAAAAGCAAUUUUCUAAAUCCUGAUUUUAAAUCAGUGUAUUAUGAAGAGUUGUGAAGCCUGAAAUUUCUCCAUUUGUUGUUUUAUAUUUUGUUUUUCGUACCCUAUUGGGACAAAUACUCGGAUAGCUUUGAUGAACUGACGCAAUCAUCAGGUUAAGGAUGAAAGGAUUUGUGAAGAGACGUUGAAUAAAAAGAGGCUGAUUAAUGGCA